AUGUCCUCACCAACUGGCAACACAGACGAGGGUGCUGGUCAUGCCCCGCCAGGACAUGCCGGCUUGUUGAUACAGGAGCAAUUUCCUGAUACGAUCGUCAGCCAUAUCCUCUCUGCCUCUGAGCACCCCCAUUACAACUAUCAAGGCUUCAAACCAGGCAAGUCGACACUUGCCAAAGGAUACCGUAAGUCGGAAGGAUAUCGAGCGUUCGGUGUCGAUACGAUCUUCGAAAGGGAUCAGGCCAUUAUCGUACGUGAUGGCAAACGAUUAUACACCGAUAUCUUUCGUCCCGCAACGUCUGAAAGUGACCCAGUGCCUGCUAUUCUACCUUGGAGCCCGUACGGUAAAACCGGCACUGGUCCUCAGAACUACGACUUCAUGGCACCUUUCCGAGCCGCCAUUGCCAAAGGCAGGACUUCGGGAUAUGAGAAGUUUGAGGCUCCGGAUCCUGCAGAAUGGUCAGAGCGAGGCUACGCAGUGAUCAACAUUGAUGCUCGGGGCGCCGGUCACAGUGAAGGUAUCAUAGCCCAUUGGGGCAAUCAAGAAGCACAGGAUAUCUGGGACGUAAUAGACUGGCUAGCCCGUCGGCCGUGGUGUAACGGCUCAGUCGUCAUGGCGGGCAACUCGUGGCUCGCAAUCUCUCAAAUCAACUUCGCUGCUCGUUUAUCGCAUCCAGCCUUGAAAGCUCUUGCACCUUGGGAGAGCUAUACAGACGCAUAUCGACAUUUUGUCGCGCGUGGUGGGCGACCUCAUAUCGCUGGCUUCCACAAGAUGAUUUCAGGCGGCUUUGCCGGUCCAGAAGGCGUCGAGAAUAUGGUCGCUAUGCUCCCGUCUCACCCAUUAUACGACGACUAUUGGGAAGCCAAGCGUAUACCCGUAGAGAGAAUCGACAAUGUCCCGCUAUACGUGCUGGCAUCUUACUCCAGCAUGUUACACACAAAUGGCUCAUUCGAGACUUUCAGGAAGGCAAAGACAACGCAAAAAUGGCUACGUGUGCAUCCAUAUCAGGAAUGGUACGAUCUGUACCGGCCAGAAAUCAGUGAUGAGUUGCAACGCUAUUUCGAUCGAUAUGCCAAGGGCAUCGACAACGGCUGGGAGCGGGAUAUCCCCAGUGUACGCCUGUCUUUACUGGGCUUCGAUACUGUUAGCCCGGCGGCCACGGUGCUAGAGAGACCUGAAAAAGAGUACCCAUUGGCGCGCCAGCAACUCACGACCUUCUACCUCAAUGCAGCCAAUCGCACACUUCAGACUGAGUCUCCAACGGAAGCCACCUCCGCGCAGUACGAAGCGCACCAUCUAACCGCUUCUCUAGACUUCCGUCUCUUCUUCCCGGCGGAAACCGAGCUUGCCGGCCCCUCCCUGGCAACACUAUUCCUCUCGACUCCAGACUCCAACGACAUGGACGUCGUCGUCCAAAUCAGGAAGAUCAACUCAGCUGGCGAGCCCCUGGCCCAUUUGAACUACCCGUGCCCCGUACCGGAUGAGAAAGUGCCUGACGUCAACGUCGUGAAGACGCUAGGACCACAAGGCUUCUUGCGCGCGUCGCAUGCAGUCAGUCUCGAUCGGUCCUCGUCACUGUCUGCGGUCGAACCCUUCUAUACACAUCGGAUCCGCCGGGCGAUCGAGCCGGUGGGAUCGAUCGUGCGCUUGGAGAUUCCGAUCUGGCCGAUCGGCAUGACGUUCGCGGCGGGAGAAGGGAUCAUGUUGCGCGUCAGUGGUCAUGAUAUGUGCUUGCCGGAGACGGAGAUGUGUCGGUUGACGGAGCCAGAGGACGAGAAUGUCGGUGUGCAUGUGUUGCACGCGGGCGGCGAGUAUCCUAGCUCGUUGACAAUUCCGGUUAUUCCAAAGUAG